AGGGAGGGUGUGACGCUGGUGUUUGUGUGAACUCGAGCUGGUGAUGCUGAGCGUGGUUCAUCCGCUUUCUCCUCCCUUUCCCUCCCCACUCCUUCCUCUAGCGCCACAGCAACAUCCUCAGAGUCUCAGCAAGCUGCGCCCAGUGCGGGCACAGAGCCUGCCACCGCCAGCCACAGCCAGCGCAGUGACAGUGCCUCGCCGCCCCCAGCCCGCGGACCACCAUGGCCAAGAACCGCAGGGACAGGAACAGCUGGGGUGGAUUUUCAGAGAAAUCAGGUGAAUGGAGCUCAGAAGAGGAGGAGCCAGUGAAAAAGGCAGGCCCUGUGCAAGUCCUUAUUGUCAAAGAUGACCAUUCCUUUGAGUUGGAUGAGACAGCACUGAAUAGGAUCCUCCUCUCUGAGGCUGUGAGGGACAAGGAGGUGGUGGCAGUGUCUGUUGCUGGAGCCUUCAGGAAAGGAAAGUCGUUCCUGAUGGACUUCAUGUUGCGGUACAUGUACAACCAGGAAUCAGUUGAUUGGGUUGGAGAUUACAAUGAACCAUUGACUGGAUUUUCAUGGAGAGGUGGAUCUGAACGAGAAACUACAGGAAUUCAGAUAUGGAGUGAAGUUUUCCUUAUCAAUAAACAUGAUGGCAAAAAGGUUGCAGUGUUAUUGAUGGAUACUCAGGGAACGUUUGAUAGUCAGUCAACUUUGAGAGACUCGGCCACAGUAUUUGCCCUUAGCACAAUGAUUAGCUCCAUACAGGUGUAUAACUUAUCCCAAAACGUCCAGGAGGACGAUCUUCAGCACCUCCAGCUUUUCACUGAAUAUGGCAGGCUGGCCAUGGAGGAAACAUUCCUGAAGCCCUUUCAGAGUUUGAUAUUUCUUGUUCGAGACUGGAGUUUCCCCUACGAAUUUUCAUAUGGGGCUGAUGGUGGUGCCAAAUUCUUGGAAAAACGCCUCAAGGUCUCAGGGAACCAGCAUGAAGAACUACAGAAUGUUCGAAAGCACAUCCACUCCUGUUUUACCAACAUUUCCUGUUUUCUGCUACCUCAUCCUGGCCUAAAAGUAGCUACUAAUCCAAACUUCGAUGGAAAACUAAAAGAAAUAGAUGACGAAUUCAUCAAAAACUUGAAAAUACUGAUUCCUUGGUUACUUAGUCCUGAGAACCUUGAUAUCAAAGAAAUCAAUGGGAAUAAAAUCACCUGCCGCGGUCUGGUGGAGUACUUCAAGGCUUACAUAAAGAUCUAUCAAGGUGAAGAAUUACCACAUCCCAAAUCCAUGUUACAGGCCACAGCAGAAGCUAACAAUUUAGCAGCCGUUGCAACUGCCAAGGACACAUACAACAGAAAGAUGGAAGAGAUUUGUGGAGGAGACAAACCAUUCCUGGCCCCAAAUGACCUGCAGACCAAGCAUCUGCAACUUAAAGAAGAAUCUGUGAAGCUGUUCCGAGGGGUGAAGAAAAUGGGCGGGGAAGAGUUUAGCCGGCGCUACCUGCAGCAGUUGGAGAGUGAAAUCGAUGAACUCUAUAUCCAGUAUAUUAAGCACAACGAUAGCAAAAAUAUCUUCCACGCAGCUCGCACCCCGGCCACACUGUUUGUCGUCAUCUUUAUCACGUAUGUGAUUGCUGGGGUGACUGGGUUCAUUGGCUUGGACAUCAUAGCCAGCCUAUGCAACAUGAUCAUGGGACUGACCCUCAUCACCUUGUGCACGUGGGCAUACAUCCGGUACUCCGGGGAGUACCGCGAGCUCGGCGCUGUCAUAGACCAGGUGGCCGCCGCUUUGUGGGACCAGGCUUUAUACAAGCUGUACAGUGCGGCAGCAACCCACAGACAUCUGUAUCAUCACGCUUUUCCUGCACCAAAGUCAGAAGCUACCGAACAAUCAGAAAAGAAGAAAAUGUAAUCCAGCUUUUAAAAAUACAAGUGCAUGACUGGCUGUCAGUUAAAUAUAGUUUUGGGUUGUUUUUUUUUUCCCAUGCAAACAUCAAAAGUGCUUCCAUGAGAACAGAAUAAAAUACCAUUCACCUCAAAGUCUGCAUAAAGGUUUAGUUCCUUUACUCCAGUGUUUAAUAAGCAGACGUGUGUAUGCAUGGUUAUAUCAUUUGGUUAACAUGUAGCUUCCUGAUUUUUGUCUUUAAAUAUGCUGUUAUAAUUUAAGGUAUUUGUGGAUUUAUGAUGAGAGUACAUGUGUUCUGCUUGAAUUUAUUACACUCUCCUACUGGAUUAUAAUUAAACCAUGUAGUGAUAUUAGUCUAUUCGGAGAUGCUCAUUUAAUUUCUACAGAAAUUUUUUUUUAAUGAUUCCACAUAGCUGUUUGUUGAAGCACAGCAUUAUUCAGCAGGCUUGAUUUAACUUACAUGAUCUUACUCUUACCGUGACUUCCUAGUUAUUUUAAAAUACAUUUAAUAUAUUGGAGAGCUUUUCUGUUGCUUUACCAGAAACUAUAUAUGCUUCUUUUAUAUCAUGAUUUAAUAUAGAAUGUAAACCUCUUGAUCAAAAAUGCACAAAAAAAAUCACUUUGUAUAUGUAUUUGAGUUCUACUGCAUUGUAUAUUUUUUCAUUUGGUACACAAGAAAUGUAUUCUUCAUAGGUUUAUUCUUUUAACAUGUGAACUAUUAAAGUUUACUCUGGUUCCUAACAUUAAAACAAAUGCUCACUGAAUUUGGAAAUGUUUGUGAGGUACUGUCAAAGAAUGGUGGAAAUUGAUCUCCUUUUUAAGUCAAGAUGCACCAUUUUCUAUUGACACUGUUAGAAUUUUGAUUUUCACUUUAAGAAACAUGCUGAUCUCUUUAGGUGCCUUCACUGUUUUCUUAAAAC